AGCUUUGGAAACUCAGCCGUGUUUGUGAUCAUUUCAUCGCAGUUGUCACCGGCAAAACAACACGGACAACACCCAAAGGACACACAGGAUUAUAUAUAUGUGACCAAUUUUGACUAAAUAUUUCACAUUUUACAAUGGGACAAAGUAAAAGCCAAUUUACUGAUGAAGAAUUACAAGAUUACCAGGAUUUAACUUACUUUACAAAAAAGGAAGUGUUAUAUGCACAUCAAAAAUUUAAGGCACUUGCACCAGAAAAAGUGGGACACAACAAAAAUGCCAAACUGCCAAUGCAAAAAAUGCUUCAAUACCCUGAGCUCAAUGUGAAUCCGUUUGGCGAUCGUAUUUGUAAAGUUUUUAGCUCAAGUAAUGAUGGUGACUGCACAUUUGAAGACUUUCUGGAUAUGAUGUCAGUUUUCAGUGAGUCUGCUCCAAAAGCAGUGAAGGCAGAACAUGCUUUUCGUAUCUUUGAUUUUGAUGGGGAUGAUAUGUUAGGGGCAAAUGAUCUAAGGCAAGUAAUUGACAGACUCAUAAACACUCACAAAUUAAGUGAGAAUGAAAUGGAACAUCUUAUCAGGAAUGUAUUGGAAGAAGCUGAUUUAGAUGAUGAUGGAGCUUUAUCAUUUGCUGAGUUUGAGCAUAUUAUUGAUAAGUCGUCGGAUUUUUCAAGCACAUUCCGCAUUCGUUUGUAAUCAUAGAACAACAAUACUGCCCAUAUAAAACGUGUUCAAGACCUCUACAGUAUGAAAUUUUUUAUAUUAUAUUAUUUAUAUGUGAUAUUUGAUAUUUAGUUAAGUUACAAUCUCAUUUUUUAUAUUGUAUAGCCAUAAUUAGACUUAUACUCAAAUAGUUGAUAUUAAAAUAACAUGACAAGCCUGUUUAUGAUUGUAAAUAUCCAGGCAACUUCAUUCUCAUAAAUAUAAAUGUUGUGAAAAAUGAUACCAAUACACAAAUAAAACCUACUGCAGUGAUCAUUAA